AUGUUUUCGAUCCUACUUAUACAACUAUCAGAUAACUACAAGGAUCCGGAACCAGAAGCUUCCGAAACUGAGGAGCAGGAGUCGGAGGAGCCGGAGAGUGAAGCCGCGAAGGAGAGGGAGGCGCGAGCGCAGGCCUCCAUCAAGGAGAGAGAGAAACAGGUCCAGAGGGCGCUCGCCACCAGCCUCCGGGACAGGGACAAGGAGAGGGAGUACCACAAGAGAGAUGAGGCGGUACAGCACUUCAACGCGCUGCUGGCGGACCUGGUGCGCAACCCGGACCUGGCGUGGCGCGAGGCCAAGAAGCAGCUGAAGAAGGAUCACCGGUACAGCCUCGCGGACGAGCUCACUAAGGACGACAAGGAGCGUCUGUUCGGGCAGCACAUCUCGUCGCUGGCGGGCAAGCGGCGCGAGAAGCUGCGCGCGCUGCUGGCGGAGCUGGGCGUGGCGUGCACGGCGCACUGGCGCGACGUGCGCAAGCUGCUGGCGGAGCACCCCGCCGCGCCCGUCUACAGGGCCGCGCCGCAGAUGGAGCGCGAGUUCCGCGACUACCAGCGCGACAAGCAGAGCGCCGCCAAGACGGCGCUGCGCCAGCUGCUGCAGGAGACGCGCUCGCUCACGCACCGCUCGCGCGCCGCGCUGCGCGCCGACCCCGCCGCCGCCGCCGCGCUCGCCGACGCGCUCGCGCACGACGCCAGGUACUGCCCCCCAACCCCCCGCCCCGCCCGCGACCCCCCGCCCCCCGCCGCCGCCGCCGCGCUCGCCGACGCGCUCGCGCACGACGCCAGGUACUGCCCCCCAACCCCCCGCCCCGCCCGCGACCCCCCGCCCCCCGCCGCCGCCGCCGCGCUCGCCGACGCGCUCGCGCACGACGCCAGCUCGACACAGGUACACCGCGCUGGAGCACAUCCCGGAGGAGCGGCAGCAGAUCAUCAGCGGCUACCUGGAGGAGCUGGAGAAGAAGGGCCCGCCGCCGCCGCCCACCGCCACCGAGCCCGCGCGCCGCGCCAAGCAGUGACAGUUAAUGAA